AUGACCUUUUUGCUUUGCAGUCCCGGGCACACAGAGGUCCGAGGCCCGAGUGAGAAGAGAGAGAGAGAAGGUACAGCAAGCUCGGCCCCUCCGGUAGAUCCCUCCCUCAAUGUCCGUCUCAUCAUUCAUCCUGCUGCACUACCAACAGGUGCAAAGUCUCACCCUCAGAGGACCAAAGUUGCAACACGCUCUGGUCCUCGCAGUCUCGUCUUCGUCGAGCCAGUGUUGAGCGACAAGUCGUCGCCCCUUCCACUUUUUUUUUUGCGAACGACCAGCGGCACGCUGGCUACAACACGCGCCUCACCAAGGCGCUACGGCAUCCCUACGGUCAACCCCUCGGUCUACCCGGACGAGCGACGGCGACACCGCCCUCCUCCUCCAUCACCCAACUCGGACUCUCCCUCGGCUGACGACCUCUCCUCGGCCUCGGAACACGGCUCCCCACCACCCCUACGGUACUCACGGACCCCUCGCAUGGCACCUGCAUCCACGGUUGUCGCUGCCCCGGCUUACCAGCCCGGCAAGGCACCUUACCUCCUCGACGACUCUCCGGCCGGUCUCGCUUCCUUCUCUCGCGCCGCUCGUCUCUUCUUCCACGCCAAGUCGGUUAAGGACAAUGCACUGAAGGUCGCCUACGUCGGAGGCGGACUCGUCGGGUUCCCCGAGUUGUACAAUUGGUACCUCUCGUCGGCGACGGAGCACGAGGCCAAGACGUACGACUCGUUCUGGGCCGACCUCUUGAAACGGGCGCUUCCGAGGGACUACGUGUGGGACGCUAAAGGACGGAUCCGCUGGGCGAAACAGGGCGACGAGGACUACGAGGUCUGGUCGUCGUCGUUACGGACGGAGCACCUCCAGCUCACGGACAAGGUUAUGUCGACGCGCGACUUCAUCGAGUGCCUUCUCUAUGGCAUGGACCCGGAGCUGUCGACGAUCCUCAGGAGGGGGUCGUUCCUGCGCAACUCCGGCUUCCAUGAGGACGAUCUCUCGCUCGUCGCCCUCUCGACCUCGACCCUCGUGUUCACGGCACCGCUCAAUUACGAGAAGUUUGACCGCUCGGCGCGCGACGAGUGGAACAAGAUCGCCGCCCGUCGUCGCAGCAACGCCGCGCAAAUCCGCUCGCUGAGUCGCAAAACGGCCGCCAUCACCGUCUCGAAACCGUCCAGGUCGAACGGGUCGACCAAUUCCGGCAGCGGAGCGACCACGCGCAGCAACUCCUCAAGUGCCGCACCGCAGACGACGUCGGGAGGCGGAGGACGACCCCCCAAGCUUACGGAGCGGGAGAAGGAUUGGCUCAGCGCCAACAACGGCUGCUUCCGGUGCCGACGUAUCAACAUCAGCGCCGACCACGACCCGAAGCAGUGCACGGACUGGGCUCCGGCCAACUACGUCAUCAAGAUCCCGCAGGGUUGGGAGAAGAACAAGCCCAUUCCCGCCUCGGUCCCCUCGUCGACCAACGCCUCAAUCUCGACUGGAUCGUCAACCGUCGAACUCGCCGCCAUCUACCAGGAAGACGACGAGGUGGACUUGCCGGAAUCGCUCGCGGACGACUCGGACACGGACGGGUGCGCUUUCCCUCCCCUCCAACUUCGGGUGGCAGCGUCGCGGAGAAGUCGCUUGGCGAUGGGUCUCGCUGACUCUGGUUCUUCUGUCUCGCUCAUCUCAGAUAAGCUGGCAGCGGGGCUAGGGUUGGAGAGAUUCUUGCUGAGUAGACCAGAACGCGUGCGAUUUGCAAUCCAGGGGGAGGGAGACCUCUACACCAUCACGCACUUCGUCCGAUGCGGCGUCGCCCUCGAGAACGGGACGUGGAGUGCUGGCACCACGACUCUUCUCGUCGCGCCACUCGAGGAACCCUUCGGAGUCAUUCUGGGCGUCCCCUUUCUCAAGCGACAUCGCCUUUCGCUCACGGCACACCCCGAGCCUGCCAUCCUUGUUGAUCGCGGCAAAGGCAAGACACCCUACAACCUCCUCGCUCCCGCCUACGGACCCGCUACAGCGUUCCAGACGCUGGCUUCGGUUGAGGGUGAAGAGAAGGCGGCUUUCAUCUCGAAGGUCGCCGAGGCUUGUGCUUUCGGACUUGUCGACCAGGCGCAGGCGCUCACUGAGGAGGAGGCGGAGAUGAAGGAGCGGAGCGGGAGGUUGAUGGAGGAAUUCGCGGAUCUCUUCCCGUCGACUCUCCCUCCUCUUACAGCCGACUAUCUCGCCAAGACCUCGACUCGGCACCGCAUCCGCCUUGUUGACGAGAAGCGGGUACACAACCAGCGAGGCUUCGCUAUCCCGCGGAAAUGGCGCGAGUCGUGGAAAAGAAUGCUGGAGGAACACCUCGCGGCCGGACGUCUGCGGCCUUCGACGUCGCCUUACGCCUCAGCCGCCUUCGUUGUCCCCAAGAAGGACCUUACGGUCGACCCGCGCUGGGUCAAUGAUUACCGCGCGCUGAAUUCGAACACGGUCAAAGAUCGGACGCCUUUGCCAAUUCCGGACCAAGUUCUCGCGGACGCGGCGCUCGCCAAGUACUGGGGCAAGACCGACAUGACGAACGCCUUCUUCCAGACGCCAAUGGCUGAGGAGGACAUCGCCAAGACGGCGAUCAAGACGCCUUGGGGUUUGUUUGAGUGGACGGUGAUGCCGCAGGGCCUGUGUAACGCUCCGGCUACGCAUCAGGCUCGCGUGAACAAGGCUCUGCGCCACCUCAUUGGAGUCUGUUGUCAGGCUUUCGUGGACGAUGUCAUCAUCUACAGUCGGACGGUCGAGGAGCAUGAGGAGAACUGUCGGGCGGUCUUGGAGGCGCUUCGAGCAGCGGGACUGUAUUGCUCGAUGAAGAAGACUGACCUCUUCACUCUCCACACAGAGUUCCUCGGACACGUGAUCUCGCGCGAAGGAAUCCAGGCGGACCCGAGCAAGACGGAGAAGAUCAAGAGCUGGCCGCGUCUGCGCACGGUUACGCAGGUGCGAGGCUUCUUGGGUCUCGUGCAGUAUCUGCGCAAGUUCAUUCCGCUGCUUGCGGAACACACGGCGGUUCUGACCCCCUUGACGAAGAAAGGUCUGACGGACAUUUCGAGUCUUUGGGGGCAGAAGGAGGAGGUCGCUUUCGAGGCGAUCAAGCGGAUCGUGACUUUGCUCCCGGUCCUUCGUGCUCUGGACCAGGACUCGGAUGAGCCCAUCUGGCUCAUGACGGACGCAUCAAAGGUGGGAUUGGGGGCGGUCUUGUUGCAGGUGGAGGAUUGGAAGACCGCGCGGCCGUGCGGGUUCUACUCGCGGCAGUACAUCCCUGCCGAACGGAACUACCCUACGCAUGAGCAAGAGCUCUUGGCAGUAGUAGCGGCGCUGAAGGCAUGGAGGGUGGAAUUGCUUGGAGUGCAAUUUCGUGUUCUGACGGAUCACGAUACGCUGCGGCAUUUCCGGACGCAGGCCACGCUCUUGAAGCAACAGGCGCGGUGGACUGAGACGCUUGCAGACUAUGACUACGAGCUCUCAUACAUCCCGGGGAAGGCGAACGCGGUGGCGGACUCGCUCAGUCGUUUCUCCUUCCCGGAACCUCGGGCUGCGAUUGCGGUUUGCGGGAUCUCCGAGCACUCGAUCUCGGAGGCUGUGGUGGAGAAGAUCAAGGAGGGGUACCUGGCGGACGAUUUCUGCGUUCAGGUCGUUGAAAGGCGACUCGUGCGGAACUUGGGCUCCUCGUCGGAAUUUGAGCGGAGGGACGGGUUGAUCUAUUACAAGGGGGACAGGAUCCUCGUUCCGGACGUGAAGGAGUUGCGGGAGGCGUUGUUGCAUGAUGCACACGAUGCGCUUGGGCACAUGGGCGUCCAGAAGACGCUGAGGUCGCUUUCCCUCUCGUUCUUCUGGCCGAGGAUGACCAAAUCGGUCGUUGAUUACGUCCGGUCCUGCGACGGGUGCCAGAGGAACAAGUCAAGGACAAACAAGGUUGCGGGCAAGCUGCACUCGCUUCCUGUCCCGGUGCGCCCGUUCUCGGAUGUGGCGUUGGACUUCGUCGGUCCACUGCCUUCUUCCGAGGGGCGGGACAUGCUCCUGACGGUGACGGACCGGUUGACGGGUUACACGAGGCUUUUCCCGUGUCGUGCGAAGGACGAGGUGAAGGACAUUGCGGAAGUCGUGUUCAAGGGAUGGUUCUCGCUGUUCGGAUUGCCUGAGCGGAUGGUGUCGGACCGAGACAAGCUGUUCACGUCGCGUUUCUGGCGCACGCUACACUCACGGCUUGGUCUCAAGUCGCAGAUGUCGACGUCGUUUCACCCGGAGACGGACGGGAGGAGCGAGCGGAUGAACAAGACGGUCGUCCAGGUGUUGAGGCAGCAAACCCCGUUCGAGCUUGUCCUCGGUUUCACCCCCUCCCUCUCGCCUCGCCUUUCCACUCCCUCCAACUUGCCGGCAGUCAACUCACUUCUCGACGAGCGGAACAUGAAGAUUAACGAGGCGCGGGACGCGCUCGCGGUUUCGAAGGUCAGGCAGGCGGAACAGGCGAACAAGCGGAGGUCGGACGAGGAGACCUUCGCAAAGGGUGAUCUUGUUCUCGUCGACUCGCGAGACAGGAGGAUGCGCUACAAGUCGAAGCACGGCCACGGACGAGCCGCCAAGCUCUUCCCGCGGUGGGACGGACCGUUCGAGGUCGUCGAGGUCUUCCCGGACACCUCGACUUAUCGUCUUCAGCUCACGCACGACGACAAGUCACACCCGGUCUUCCACAUCUCAAAGCUCAAGCGUUACAACCUCAACAACGCCGACAACUUCCCGUCCCGCGAACCGCCACGACCCGGACCUAUCGAUGUCGACGGCGAGGAGGAAUACGAGGUCGAGGCGAUCGUUGAUGAGAAGGGCAAAGGUCGCGGGCUCCGCUACUUGGUCAAGUGGCGCGGCUACCCGGACACGGACAAUGGGUGGGAACCGCUGGAGAACGUGAAGGACACGGAGGCUUUGAAGCGGUGGAAGGAACGCGGACGCUAG